AUGGAGGAUAGCUCACAACGUAUGGAGGCACAGGCAUACACAGCCGGCCUCGAUCAAACGUUGCAGGAACUUCAACAGAAAGUCCGCCAACAUGAAGCCGAACUGGAAAAGCUUCGUUCAGAACAAGAUCAGGCCCAGCUUCCAGAGUCAGUAGCGGGGAGAGCGCGAGUCAUCGAAGCAGCCCUCAAAGAGGUGACAGAGUCAGAUCCUUUUCUACCAAACCCUGGAUCUCUUCUACCAGCGUUGCUAGCUCUGCGCAAGACUCAUCAAAUAAUCCAAGAGUCCAAUACUUACCUUACUUCUCAACGUGAGAGCCAUGAUAAGCUGUCGCGUCGGCUUGAAGCGGAUGAAGCAGACCUCAAAGACCAGAAUCUCCUUGGCGAUGCUCUCGCCGCGCGCAUACAGUCACUACGCGAUGAAGUAGACGCGAGCACUCACGUCACACCAGAGGAAGGUGCAAAGGAACGAUUGCAAGAGCUCAGGGCUAAGAAGACUGGCUACGACAAAGAGACUUCCAAGCUCAUGAAGGUCCUCCUUCGGUUUAUUGACAACCACUUAGCGCCAAUGCUUGCGGCAGAGGAACUAGGCGGGCCAGUCGUUGGCGACCUCAUAGAUGUCGACGGUGAGGAUCUGGCUGCUGGUUUCAAUGCUCAAGGAAAGCUGAAGAAACCAAAGGACACUGCUGAUAAGGACGACAAACGGCAGCGCAGGAUUGAUGAAAUUUGGGGGCAGGCCGCUGACGAGGGUUCUGGGCGCCAAAACGAGGUUACUGCUGCAGCGGCGGAAAUGAAAGAACUCACAGAAGAGCUUCUCAACACGCUCGUCGAAGCUCAUGGCGACAACUCGGCGUCCUACGUGCAAUUGCCGCGCGAAUCUGCAGCUGCGCGGUUCUUGGUGAGAUCCAAGGUAGCACAGUUCCACCCCCGAGAUGCGACGAGACUCAGAUUGAUCGAUUUUGGUCGAGACUUGGAUUCUUGA